GAGAGCUCUCGCGGACAGCGACAGGGCACUGGACGGACCGUGCCAUGAGGCUCCUCCCUUGCCUGCUUCUGCUUCUCUUGCUUGUGUUCCCCGCCACCCUCUUGCUCCGAGGCAGCCCUGGAGGCUCAGUAGCAGAAGCUCAAGAUCUUACAGAAGAUGAAGAAACAGUGGAAGAUUCAAUAAUUGAAGAUGAAGAUGAUGAAGCAGAAGUGGAAGAAGAUGAACCAACAGAUUUGGCAGAAGAUAAAGAGGAAGAAGAUGUAUCCGGUGAACCUGAAGCUUCACCAAGUGCAGAUACAACUAUCCUAUUUGUGAAAGGAGAAGAUUUUCCAGCAAAUAACAUUGUGAAAUUCCUGGUAGGCUUUACAAACAAGGGCACAGAAGAUUUUAUUGUUGAAUCCCUAGAUGCCUCAUUCCGUUACCCGCAGGACUACCAGUUUUAUAUCCAGAAUUUCACAGCUCUUCCUCUGAACACUGUAGUCCCACCCCAGAGACAGGCAACUUUUGAGUACUCCUUCAUUCCUGCGGAGCCUAUGGGUGGACGACCCUGCGGACUAGUCAUCAAUCUGAACUACAAAGAUUUGAAUGGCAAUGUAUUUCAAGAUGCUGUCUUCAAUCAAACAGUUACAAUUAUUGAAAGAGAGGAUGGCUUAGAUGGAGAAACAAUCUUUAUGUAUAUGUUCCUUGCUGGUCUUGGGCUCUUGGUUGUUGUUGGCCUUCAUCAACUCCUGGAAUCUAGAAAGCGCAAGAGACCUGUACAGAAAGUAGAGAUGGGUACAACAAGUCAGAAUGAUGUUGACAUGAGUUGGAUUCCUCAGGAAACUUUGAAUCAGAUCAAUAAAGCUUCACCAAGAAGGUUGCCCAGGAAGCGGGCACAGAAGAGAUCAGUGGGAUCUGAUGAGUAAAUGUUCCUUUGUGCAACAAUUCAGUCUUUACUGAACCUGCUCUAAUGUUUUUUCGGCCUGAAGGGAAUUAGUGCAGAGAAGCCAUAUCAUCAUAGAAGGCAACUACUACUUAUGUGUGGACUGAGCAACCAGAGUCUGUGGCGAUAAUAUUUUUGAACGUGCACUGCAUUCAUUUUUCUAAAGUAA